GUUGCGGAAGUAAAGCGGAAGUGACUCAAUAAUCUCUCAUUUUGAAGCAUGCUUGAAUGGAGGUGACCUUAGUUAUUAUCAAACAGUAACGUGAAGUGGUGACGGCGGCUUCCAGCGGGUAGAGCUCGAUAGUUUAGAUGCUGCAGAGCUGAAUCGUUCCUGAAACGUGUGAGAGCAGGACGAGCAGACAUGGCGGACGGACAUCAGACGCGCGUGCAGAAUGUGGUGGAGGAGAUGGUCCAAAGCCUGGAGAGAGACCACAUCCGGAAAAUGCAGGGUCGCAUGUUCCACUGCAGCGCAGACUGCUGUGAGCGCUCCACAGACUCCAUGUCCCAGGUGCAUCAGUGCAUCGACAGGUGCCACACGCCGCUGGCCAAAGCUCAGGGUCUGGUCACCUCAGAGCUGGAGAAGUUCCAGGAUCGACUGACCAGAUGCACGAUGCACUGCAACGAUAAAGCGAAGGACCUGUUCGAUUCCGGCGCCAAGGAGACGGCUGUUCGAUCACUGAUGGACCACUGCGUGGGCAGUUGUGUGGACGACCAUCUUAGCCUGAUCCCCAGCAUGACCCGAAGAAUCAAAGAGAAUCUGGACUCUUUAGAGCAGUGACGAGCGGGACGGAUGGCGGCGGUCACAUCUUGGAGAUACCACACACACACACACACACAAAGUAGCGCAGGGUUAGUAGCCUCAGCCAGUUUGAGCUGUAACAGAAGAGUGGAGGAGCUGGAGCAUCAUUAACCGUUAGCGAGAAGUUUCACAGGCUGUGAGUCUGAGUUUUGGUCGUGUGCAGAUUUAAAACAGAUUUAUUAUUGUUCCGUGUGCUCUUACAUCUGAAGCCACCCUCGAGACUGGGCGCUUAACAUUUUUAAUCUUGUUCGAACUUGAACGAGAAAUAAAUCCUGUGAUAAAUGUGUGUGAUAUCACAGAUAUCACGAUAUCAGCUCGCAAAUGCUUGAAGUGUGUUCUUUUAAGAAUUGGUAAACGGCCAUAUUUAAUCUCUGAAGUUACCACCAUGAGCCUCCUCAUCCCUCGCUCAUUUUGAUAUUUUUACUGUGACAUGUUCUGUGAUUGUCUCAUCUCCUCUGGUGAGAGGUGUUCAUAUGACCUAAUUAAAAGUACUGUAGAUGGAA